AGAGGAGGAGUCCAGUGUUCGCUCCAAGCGCCAAAAUAUAUAAAUAUAUGUACACCCUGCUUUCUCUUCCUCGCUGUCUUGGCCCUCGAGGAGCGCUUACCAAGAUGCCAGCAGCCGACAUGGCAAAGCCACUCCUAGGUCGACAAAAUGUGGCAAGUGACACAAGCUUUACCCCAGCUACUGGCAGCAAGACAAUUGGGAUUCUGGGAAGUGGUGACUUUGCACGCUCCCUGUCUAUGCGCCUGGUAUGCUCAGGUUUCAAAGUGGUGAUCGGAAGCCGGAAUCCAAAGCGCAACGCUAGCCUCUUCCCUUCAGCAGUUGAAGUAACUUUCCAGGCAGAUGCUAUAAAGAAGACAGAUAUCAUCUUUGUGGCAAUUUUCAGAGAACACUACACCACACUCUGCGACCUCAGCGAUGAGCUGUCUGGCAAAAUACUGGUGGAUGUAAGCAACAAUGCUGAAGUAAACCAUCACAAAGAAUCAAAUGCCGAAUAUUUGGCAUCACUUUUCCCAGCAUGCACUGUUGUCAAAGGAUUUAACGUCAUCUCAGCAUGGACAUUACAGUCAGGCCCUAGGGAUGGGAAUAAGCAGGUCUUCAUAUGCUCUGACUACCAAGAAGCCAAACAUGCCGUUGCUGAAAUUGUUCACAUGCUGGGGUUCACUCCCAUGGACAUGGGCUCCUUAUCUUCAGCCUGUGAGAUUGAGAACAUUCCACUGCGGCUCCUCCCUGCCUGGAAGAUCCCUGUCUUCUUGGCCCUGGGUCUCUUUCUCUGCUUCUACACGUACAACUUCAUCCGGCAGGUUUUGCACCCUUACAUUCGGGAACAAAAGAGCAAGUUUUACAAGAUCCCCGUAGAGGUCGUCAACACCACACUGCCUUGCGUUGCCUAUGUGAUGCUGUCCCUUGUCUACCUGCCUGGAGUGCUUGCAGCCAUUUUCCAACUCUACCAUUGCACAAAGUACAGGCGCUUCCCCGACUGGCUUGACCAGUGGCUGCAGCACAGGAAGCAGAUAGGUCUGCUAAGUUUCUUCUGUGCAGCUCUGCAUGCUGUGUACAGUUUGUGCCUACCAAUGCGGCGAUCCCAUCGUUACCUGUUACUCAAUGAAGCUGUAAAGCAGGUGGAGAAGAAAACGGAUGCCUGGGUAGAGGAAGAAGUCUGGAGGAUGGAGAUUUACAUCUCUUUUGGCAUCAUGGCCUUGGGUUUGCUCUCCUUACUUGCCAUAACUUCACUUCCUUCCAUCUCCAACUCUCUCAACUGGAGGGAAUUCAGUUUCAUUCAGUCCACCCUUGGCUUUGUUGCUCUGGUGAUCAGCACUCUCCACACCCUGACUUAUGGCUGGACCAGGGCCUUUGAUGAAAACCAGUACAAGUUCUACUUGCCUCCAACCUUUACCCUCACACUGCUGGUACCGUGUGGCGUUAUACUGGCAAAACUCUUCUUCCACCUCCCUUGCAUGAACCAAAGACUGAGGCUCAUCAGGAACGGGUGGGAAAGGGGAAGGUAUGUCAAGUUCAUCUUGCCCAGAGCAUCAGGGGAAUUCUCAAGCGGAGAAAGCAGCAGCACUGUGUGAUCCAGCAUUUAUUUUCCAUUAUAAUUUUUCAAAGAGCACUAUGAAGAUUCUGAUUUUUCAAUAAGAGAUUUUUUUUAGGCUUGUAAGUUUAGUAUUAUUGAAUGGUGGGUGAUAACUAUUAUCUUAUUGCAGGUGUUUAAAGGGGAAAGUUACCAAUGUAUUCUGUUUACACCACAGUGUUUUAGAAUAUACUGACAAUUCUAUGGGGAUAAAGUGGUUGCCUUAUAACUUCAAUCUUAGUUUGGGUGUUUAAGGGGGAAGAAGUCACCAUGUAUCUGGCUUAUACCACAGUAUUUAGAAUACACUGGUAAAAAGGCAGGGAUAGGCAACAUGGCACACUCCAGAUGUUUUGGACCUCAACUCCCAUCACCCCGGCCAUUGCCCAUGCUAGUUGAGACUGAUGGGAAUUGCAGUCCACAAUAUCUAGGGUGCGCCUCAUUCAUUUCUCCUAGUGUAGGGGGGAAAUAGUGGCCUUAAAAACAACUUUGCAGACUUUUCAGUUAUACAGUUUAAAGCUACAUAGAGAAAUAGAAUCUGUCUGCAGACACAUUCAACAAAGGAUGGGAUGCAGUUUGGGAAGUAUUUGCUCUACAGUUGUCUUGACACCUAGCAAUCUAAUAAUAAUAAAUAAAUUAUAGCAAUCGAUUCAUUUUUUAAAAGGCUCCAGUCCUAUACACACUUAUUUGUGAGUAAGCCCCAGUAGCCCUAGUGAGACUUACUUCUGAGUAAACAUGCAAAGGAUUGCGCUGUUAAGUAGUUCUUCCACUUUUAAUGUUUCAGUCCAGCAAAUAUUGUUGAUUUCAGUGGAACUUGAACUUCCAGAGAAGUGUGUAUCAGACAGGUGUGGAGAACCUUUGGCCCUCCAGAGGUUUAUUUAUUUAUUAUUUCAUUUAUAUCCCGCCCUUCCUCUCAGCAGGAGCCCAGGGCGGCAAACAAAAGCACUAAAAACUUUAAAACAUCAUAAAAACAAACUUUAAAACACAUUAAAACAAAACAUCUUUAAAAACGUUUCUUAAAAAAAGCUUUCAAAACAUCUUCUAAGAUUAAAAACAUUUUUAAAAUGUUUAAGAACAUAUUAAAAAGCAAUUCCAACACAGAUGCAGACUGGGAUAGGUCUUAACUUAAAAGGCUUGUUGAAAGAGGAAGGUCUUCAAUAGGUGCUGAAAAGAUAACAGAGAUGGCGCCUGUCUAAUAUUUAAGGUUGCUGAACUACAACUCUCAUCAGCUCCAGCAAGCAUUACAGAUGGCCAGGGAUGAUGAGAGUUGUAGCUCAGCAUCAUCUGGAGGGCCAAAGGUUCCCACGCUUGAUGUAGGAUCACAGAAUGGUCAGUCGAUCAGUCAGCCAGAAUGAUAGUUCUGGAAGCAACAAUUCUCAAAACAGUGUAAAUGGUGUAAAAAUACUCCAACUAGGAUUGGAACUACAUUCAUUACAUUGCUGCCACUAAAACAGCAAACCACACUUUUUUUAAUCCCUCCCCUUCCAUAGUUCUCGGUUCAAGUUCUGUGCCCCGAUGUCACAGUCUAUGGAUUUCCCCACCCAACACAAUGGGCUGAAACUGGCCAGGGGAAGCGGGACACAAAACAACAAAACAAAAGGAUGCCAUUAGAUGUUGAAUUAAGUGUGAAUUUACCACACAUUUAAAUACGAUUUCAGCCUCAUUUUUCCCUUAUGUGGGCCAAAUUCACACGUUAUUUAUUUAUUCCAUUUAUAUACAUCUUUGUUGCCAAGGUACCCAAUACUAAAGUACAAAAAUACUAAACAAAUACAUGAUGUAAAAUGUAACAUGGGUCCAGGGGGCCAGUCUGACUGGAGCAGACACUGAAUGCUGUCUUCCCCGAUUCCCUUGCUCUCUUCCUCUUGCUGUCCAUUGACUAGGGCAGACAGUGUGGCUGGAGCAGGCGCUUGUGUAACUGUGAGGCAAUUCCUCUCAUCCCUUUGGUGGUACUGCUAUAGAUCAUUGCCUUUUUAGCAUGUCAACCAAUUAAGCAAUAUUAAGUGGACAAGGAUCCAGGUGAAAGUUGAUCACAUUGGCCAUCAAAGCGAAUUCGCUCAUUUUCUUGCAAGGAGAGGUCUAAAGUUGGGUAGCACCCUACAUUCCAAAGAACAGCAAGGAGCUGUUGGAUAUCCACAAACAUGGAAGACCAGCUAUUCCAGGCAUAGCCUAUUUCACUCUAAAAUUCCUCCAGUGUACUAGCCAAUAACUCUUCCCAUUCUCCUCCCAGCUUCCACAUCACCACUACCCUCCAACUAUCUCAGGUAACAUGCAGGGAAGGUCUUCAUUUCCUGGAGAGGCUUGGGAAGGUUGCAGUAGAGGUGAGGAACUUUUUCAGCCCAUGGGCCACAUUCCCUUAUAGCACAGGUGGGGAAUUUUUUGACUCCACAGAUGGGUGGGGCCACCUGUCCAUCAAUCACUGAUGCCAUUAUGACAUCACAUGAAUGGCAGGCAGGUGGCACACCCACCUGUCAAAAUGCCUUGUGCUUCUCAUCUCUUCCCCUCCCCCUUUAAGUCCCUAAUUAUGGAAAAUUAAAGACAAGCAUGAGAAGACUUUCCUAGUCUUCCCUCUCCCCCUUUCAAGUCCCCGAUUGCAGAGACUUAAAGAAAGUGCAGGGAGACUUUUUAAAGGCUUUAAGACAAACCCCACUCUCCAGUUUGAGCAAAUGGGAGGGCAGGAGCAGUCUUAAAGGCCUUUGCAAAGGCCCCUUUAAAGUAGUGCUCGUGCACGCACACACGCUGCUUCACAGAGCACUUCUGCACAGGGCUUUAAUCUCCGCUCUGCUGAUGAGCAGGGAUUAAAUUCUGCUGCCUUGGUCACAUGAUCAUGUUCCCUGCUGGGAACAGGAUUGCGCAGUCAAGCCAGGAUUAAACCCUGCCCUCUUGCCUAUCAGCUGAUAGUACUAGUGAUGUCAGCUGGUGAGUGGGUGGAUGUGGUUUGGGGAAAGUGACCUCACAGGCUAAAUUCAAUGCCCUGGGGGGGCAUCAUUGGCUCAGAGACCCCCCCAUCCCUGCCUUAUGUAAACCAGUGGUGGGCAUGAUCAGAAGCAAAAGUGGGUGGAACAACUGAUGCAACUCUUACCUUGGCAUUACAGACCACAUACCAGCCAUGCAAAAUUCGUAAGUUUCUACACCCACACUCAUAACACGCUUCUCUCCAUCCAGGCAAGCAAGAGGCAUUAUCACAGUUCAAGGACUCAUUCCAGCCAGGCAAAAGCAUUUGAGGAGAACUCAGAGCAGGGCUGGUGAGGGGUGUUGGCCUAGAGAGAGUCCUGAGGGAUGAAUGAGUGGACCAGAGGGCUACAUUUGGCCCCCAGGGCUGAUGUUUCCCCAGCCCUCCCCAAAGCAAGGAAGUACUUAUAAGAACCAGAGAAGAAAUAAGCCUUUCCACCUCCUGUUUCUAGUACGCCCCUUUCAGUUGUUUAGGGAAACUGGGGGCAGGAGGAGUAGAGAGAGAAUAAUGAGGGACCAGCAGAUGAGGCUUGGACUUGCAAACAGGGCUGUGGAGUCGGUACGCCAAACCUUCGACUCCAACUCCUAUUUUUCUACUGUCCGACUCCACCCAAAGUUGCUUCCAACUCCACAGCCCUGGAAAGGGCUGUAAAUGUCUUUUUAAAUUGGAAGCUCUCAUAGGAGCAUUUUUAUCGCUGCCUGAAUAUGUGCUGAUCUUGGCAUCACAGCAUUUGUCUUUAUCUGAGUCCUGUGUCAUACACUGACACACAAAAUGUUUUCCAUCUUGAGUUAUGGUGAAAUGCUCAACUACAGAUGACUUCAUGGGAAGCUUCUUUGACAUUUUGAAUUUAUAUUUUAAAAAAUUUGUCAAUCAAAAUGUAUUUUGAAGCCGAAGUCAGAACAUUUCUACCGACUCCGACUCCACCCAAAAUUGCUUCCGACUCCACGACUCCACAGCCCUGCUUGCAAAAGUAGCUAUUGGCAAGGAGCUUCUGCAACCAAGGCUGCUACGGCUGAAGAGCAUCCAUUUUGAUGGCAUCCUGCAUAGAAACUGCAAAGACUCAUUCACUCACUUACAGGUGAUCAGAGGACAACCAUUUGGUGUGACAUUUUAAAUUCACACCCUUCCAGGAUGCAAGUCAAAUGCCAGGGCGCCACAACUCUGUGCAGCUGCCAUAUUUCCACCCAGUCUCUUUCAAUGCUAUGAUGCCAAAGCUCAGCACAUUACCUAAUGAAGCAGCUUCCAGAAUUGAUGUGCACUUCUGAAGCAUUGGAAAGGCACUUGUGCCUGCCAAAUAUACUUCUCAACUCCAGGACACUGACACCACAUGCAGUAGUCUAAAUGAGAGACACAUUCAUCAGCCCAGAAUCAUUUGUUUGAUGAGCAUGCAGGAAACUGGAAAAGCCAAUAAGGGAAGCCAGGACAGCUGGAAUACAAGGAAGCCACAGCCUAACCUUCACAAGCAGAAACAGUUGAGCAGUCAGUCAACAGAAACUGAACACUGAAGAGGAAGUGGGAUGGAGCUAUUUAGAGCUCAUAUCAGUAUUGUCCAAAUAAUAAUAAAUAAUAUUUUAGACAUCUCACCAGCAGUGGCAAUUGAUAUACACAGACAAAAUUUGCCAGCCAACAUCACCAUCAUCACCAUAGGUCAAGACAACCAAUUCAGGCCACAGAUAGCUUAUUGCUCCCCUAAAGCAACAGAAGACUAUGUCUGGAAAGGGCCUUCUGCAUGCGCACACACUCUACAGAUGCAAAUGUUUAUCCCUAUUUGCACUGGAAAGCAAGCCAAUGAACUGACUAGGUAUGUCUUUUGAUGCCAAUAGGGAUGCACAUUACCAUUCAGGUCCAUCAGGUGCUGAAUGUGUCUAGCUGCCCACAUCUAGAGCUGGAUUCAGGCCACCAGCUCUGGUGUUGUCCCGUAUCUUGAGGACAAAUGAAGCUGUACUCUGGCCAGAUCAGAUCCCAACUGCCAAACUCAAUGGGAAUUAAGUGGUGCAAAGUGUUUUGAGAUCACAGAAGUGCUAGUACAAUAUGAAGAUAUAACAAACACUUAAUAGAAGUAGUAUUAUUUGAUUACUUUUACCAGCUCUUAUGUUAAAUAUGGAACCUGUCUUGAUACAUAUUCUGCAGGACCAUCUGUGCCACAAUCUGCACCUACCUUUUGGACUGCUCAGUCUACUAUUUAGGACAGGCAUGUAUUAUACGAUUAGGCCACAUAUCAAGCUAUGAACUGUAAUCAGAAGUAGCAUUCUGUACAUGUACCUGACUUUGUGAGGGUUUGUACUAAAGUUGCCUUCAAAUACCCUCCCCCAAAUUCCUCUUACACCUUGCUCGAGUUUGGGAAGUUUGGAAGUUAGUUUGCAGAGAAAACUGGGAAGAAAUUCCCAUCAUGCACUAGUUGCAAUUUUCUGCAAUUAAACUGCUCUCAGAUUUUGGGGGAAGUUUAAGUGGUUUGGGAGUUCUGCAAGGGCAAUUUUGAACUGAAUGUAACUGCAGAACAUUCAGGGGCAUGCACAGAGUACAUGCACUCCUUUGAGUUGCGGCAUUUUGUCCCUUAUGUAAAUCAUAUGGGUCUUUCAUAUGAAAGGCUUCCAAAACAUUGACGGAAGGAGGGAUAGAGAAUCAGGCAGUCAAACUAACAAGAAUUCUAUUUACAGACAUGACUAAUCAAAGAUAAUGAAUUCAGACAGCAAAAAUUUCCAGCUAACCUGGAAUGGGCUGGUAUUGAGUCAUCUCCUGCCAGUGAUGUCAUGAUUCCUUUUGCAAGUUCCAUAUGGACCUUACUUGUGUACAAGUGCAAAGGAGCUGUGUAAAUUACUGUGAGGUUUCAAUAAGGUGGCUCCUACCUGGUGUUCCAGUUUGGUGUUUGUUUACCCUUCCUUUGCAAUGGUGUAGGAGACUAAUAAAACACAGGACAAUAGCUUUUGAGUUCCUUAGAAAUUUGGUCUGUAUCGGAGUGACUACUAAGCUAUUUUCAGGUAUGCUGAGAGUGACUUUCUACCAGAUACAACCCUCAUACAGGACACCUAAGCAUACAAAGCCAGAGAGUGUCAAUAUUCUGAACUGUCUUGAGACACAGGACUCCACUCAUUAAUUUUUAUCUAUUCAUUCAUUCAUUCAAUUUCUAGCUCACCCUUCAUCUGUUCACAAUCUAAUGGCAGAUUACAGAAAUAAGAUAGAACUCACAAUUUCAAUUUAAAACAGGUAAAUCAGCACAACAAUCAUCAAAUCCAAAGCAGAUAAGACAUGCCAUUAAUUUACUCCUGGUCUCAUUACAUUAUCCACUGUGAACAGCACUAUAAAAAUCUGGGAAAACAGCCUAUCUUUAACUGGUGCCAAAAAGUGAACAUUAGCACCAGCUUUAACGCUAAGGGAUAGGGCAUUCCAGUCAGGGUGCUACCAAAGCAAAGAUAUUUGAAUGUCUUUUCCCAAGAGUUGUGCUCCCUUCCCUCUUUUAAAAGUUGCAAUAGGAAAAACACAAAUCCUUUGUAAAUAGUUUCUGCAUUUUUAACCCAUCAGUAUCAGAACAGAAAGGUUACCUGAUGCUUGCCUGAAGAUAUACCUAUGUUGUUUUUCUAUCUAUAUUCUGUAUGGAUGUACUGCAGCAAAACGAGAGAGAUGAAAUGUAUACUGCCUAUUUCAAUGUUUUCUGCACUGCCCAAAUUGUGCCUUGGGAGUUUUAACUAAUUAUUAUCCUGCCUCAUACUGCAACUCUGAUGUGUCCUACUGUUACCUUGUAAAAAUAUAAUCAGGAUGUAUCUAUGAAAUGGAAACAUUGAUACUAGCUAACCUUCUGCUAUCUUUUUUCUUAUUUGCAGUAAAAUGUUAUUUCUGAA